AUGUCUGCUUCCUCUUCCAUUGACGAGUUUUGUACAUUCAUCAAGGAAUACAAUCUUUGGGUUGCCAAAAAGAAUAAUACGUCGUCUACUCUCUACUGCAUACUACAAGAAUGUUCACGUCCAGUCCACCCGCUCGCCAUAGAAUAUCAUGUUGUAGUAGUUAUCCUACUCGUCUUUGCUUGUGUUUUCACUCAAGCAACACAUUUUAGAUUUGGGUCUAUUUCAUGGGCACCAUUAUCACAAGACAAUUAUAAUGUUAUUAAUGUAAAGUUGAAUCUUGCAUUUAGAUCGGGUUAUUGGAGCUCGAGUUCGAUCAGGGUUGGUAAUACCAUUUCAUCGGGUACUGGUACGAUUACCAGUGGCAAUGGAGGGUCUGUUGCAGUACCACUUGUCGUCAACACGAUCAAUACUGUCGAUGGCUGGUUUACCGGUACCGCCGAAUUCCAAUACACCUACCCCAAGGGCAAGAACGCCACCUACACCAUUGUCUACACUGGUAAUGCUCGUAUCUCGACGCUCUACAACAACGCCGACAAGAAUUGGAGACUCACUUCAAGUGUCACUAUCAACACAUGGAAGCAAAACAGCUCACCAGUCACCAACACCUACCCAAUCAUUCCAGUGGUUACACCAGGCACCAACACAUUCCAAAUCGUCGCUACCGACGCUGAGAGCAGCACACUCACCUACUCGUUAUCCGAACCAUCCGAGUUUGGUGGAGGUUCCAAAUGCCCCAAUCUUACAGUGUCCAACUCUGGUCUAGUUACCUUUACCACUGGUAUCAAGCCAUCUCUCUUUAACACUCAAAUCAAGAUCUCUGACGGUACCGAUUUCACCGUCACUGAUUUCAUUCUCCAAUCCGACUAUGGAUCGAUUAAUGCCGAACCACCCUAUUUCGCACCACCAACUCCCGAUGACGGUGACGUCCUUUUCGUGCAACCAGGUACCAACAUCUCAUUGACCUAUCUUGCCAAAUCCAACACUAGCUCGCAAGUAUUCAUCAAGCCAUCCAACGUCCCAUACGGUGUCACUCAAUACGCCCAAGCUGGUUUGAAUCCAGGUACCAUGAACAGUUGGUGGGUUCCAACUGCCAGUAAUGUAGGUCGUUAUGUCAUUUCUCUAGGUCUCUCUGAUAAAGAAGGUUUGAGUAUGACUGGUCAAAGCUCCUUUGUUUUAGUUGUUGAAUCACCAUCAUGUGGACAUGGUAGACCAUGUAAUGGAGCAGAUACAUCAUGUUGUGUUUGUGAUGGAAAUUGGGAUAAUUCAACCAAAUGUUUUGAAUGCAAAGAAGGAUUCUAUGGUCCAGAUUGUAUUCCAACUCCACCAUGCAAGAAUGGUACUGUCAAUGGCGGUGUAGCCGGUGACGGUUCCUGUCAAUGUUACUCUGGAUACACUGGAUCCGCUUGUGACACUCCAAUCAGCAAGAGAUGUGCCGCUAGCGACCCAUCAGCAGUUGUUUCCACCGCCUCCAACGACAAUAGUUUUGUCAACCCAACUCUCUCGUCGGUCUAUGUCUCGACCACCUCCAAAACAGCCUUUAACGUCCCCAUCAAGGUUACUGUACCAAGCCCACUCCCAGCACUCGAUGUCUACGUCCUCUUGGAUGUCGCCACCAGAACCUCAACCAUUACCAGUGAUUUCAUCAACUAUAUCGACUCUUUUGUCAACUUGGUCGGUGGAAACGUCGAGAAUGUUAGAUUUGGUUACGGUAGAUUCUCAGAUGCCACCAAUGGUGGAUACAACUUCCAAGCUGUCAACACUAUCGGUACUACGAUCAAUGAUUUCAUCAAGACUACCGCCUUUACCACCACUACCACCACAUCGGGCAACUCAAUGGUCGCUCUCUACAACGCUGCACUCAACUCGAAUGGUUGGAGACAGGGUUCGUUCAGAGUGAUCCUCGUCGUCACUGACAAUGAUGCCGUCGCACCAACCACUGCCAACAGCAACCUCUACAUGAAUGCAUUGGCACAAAACUCGAUCAUGCCAGUUGUUCUCGGCACUGGUAGCUCAUCGCUCACCAACUGGAACGCAUUCUUUAGCGCUGCCGGCUUUGGUUACUCGCUUGCAUCGGGUACUGGCUCUGCAUGGGCAUCCAACGCUGCCACACUCGCAUCGGUCCGUUCAUACUCCAAGAUUGUCACCCGUGUCACCAACGAUGCCGACGGUUUUGCCACCGCCAAGGUUGCCGACGUCACUACUGCUUCGCUCAACACCAUCAAUGUGCCCGUCGUCUUCCCAACGGCCGACCCAUCCAACAAUCCAACCGUCGAAGUCUCCUUUAUCGGUUUUGGCAAGAGUUCAAUGAACAUUGUCUACAAUCACGCCCCCGUUGCCAUGUCGUCGAUCAUCAACAUCAACGAAGACACCGUCGCCACCUUCUCGUUUGCAUCGACCGUCUCUGACCCCGAUUUCAACAUCCUCACCAUCUCUUUCAACUCGCUCCCAACCAAGGGAAGCAUCAAGUACAAUGGAGCCGCUGCCACCACCACCGGUGUCUACCCUUCAGCCGCCAUCUUUACCUAUACCCCAAAUGCCAACUACUUUGGAGCUGACAUGUUCUCCUACAGUGUCAAUGACGGUUGUUUGGUGUCUGGAUCAACCGGUUUGAUCACUGUCAACCCUGUCAAUGAUCCACCAACUUGCAAUGCCUAUGGUAUCACCUCGAAUGGCGGUCAAUCAUCUGCUGCAUUCACACUCACCGGUAGCGACAUUGACAAUGAGCCAAGUGAACUCUUUAUCAUCUACUCUUCACUCGCCAACAUUGCAUCGUACGGUACACUCAAGACUGUUGCCGGUGCUGCCGUUGUUGCAGGUACCAAGUAUGUAUACGGCACCCAAUUCAUCUUUACCCAAACCUUUAACGGUGCCGACACUGUCACCACCGUUCCAUUUGUCAUCCAUGACGGUGAACUCCCAUCCUCUUCAUCGUGCAGUCUUACCAUCAACAUGAAGCACACCAACGUUGCUCCAGUACUCUCUGCUCCACUCUCGGUCACAUCCAAUGCAGGUUCUGAAAUCAUAUUUGGUGUCACUGCCGAGGAUUCAGACUCUACUACCAUCCAAUUCUCGGUUGUAUCUGUCACUCCUGGCACUGGAUACUUUUAUCUCUGUGGAACCUCCACCAAGAUCACCGCCGCUGUCAAUGUUGGCACUCCAAUCACCCUCGCCAACAACAAGGCAUUGACUCAAGCAGUCUGCUACCACAUCGAUGGUGCUCAACCAAACGGUCUCAACGUUGCCAGCGUUGUAUUUGGUUCGGCCGACAACCAAGGUCUCCCAUCCAACACUGUCACUGUCCAAGUCAACGUUGCCGGUACUCGUAACAAUGCCAAGCCAGUUGCCACCCCAGUCACUGUCCCAGCACUCUAUGAAGACGGUCUCUCUGUCGCUAUCGUCCUCAACGGUACCGAUGCCGAUACUUUGGAUCAAGGUAACCUCCGUGCAGUCUACACUGCUCCAUCCAAGGGUCAAUUGAUUGUUGCUGCCGGUGGUGCUGUUGCUGCUGCCGACGGAAAGGCUCCAUACACUGUAUACUACAAGCCAAAUGCUCUCUUUUACGGUACUGACUCAUUUACAUUCUAUGUCUAUGAUACUAUGGGUGCUGUCUCUGAUUCUGUCACUGUUACACUCACUGUCAUCCAUGUCAACCAUCCACCAACUCUUCCAUCUGCCACACUCUCAUUCACUCAACUCUCACAUCCACUCCAAUCACUCACACCCAAUGAUGUAGAUGUCGGAGAUGUGUUGACAUGUUAUGUUGUCUCACUCCCAACUACUGGUCAAGUCACCGACUCUAGCAGUGUUGCUAUUACCAGUGUUGCAUCACCAGUUGUUCUCUCGACCAAGCAAUUCAGUGCCAAGGAAACACCAGCCAACUCUAUCGACCCAUACACCACUACUUUCAAGGCCAAGUGUUGUGAUCAAGUUGGUGCCUGUUCUCCAGACACUACCAUGACCAUUGUCUACAAGUAUAUUAACCAAGCUCCAGUUGCUCUCCAAACCAACGCAUCAUGUGAUCAAGACUCAUCAGUCACAUUCAACUUUAACUAUACCGAUGACAAACCACUCCCAGCUACCAUCAAGUUGGUCACCCUCCCAACCAACGGUGUCCUCCUCGUCAACAAUGUCGUCGUCUCAUCGACCGACACUAUCCUCCCAACCGACAAUGUAGUGUACCGUCCAAAUGCAGGUAAAUCCAACGAUGAUACUAUUGGCUUUGCCGGUCCACUCGACACUAUCUCAUUCAGUGUCAUUGACUCUGAUUCGUUGUACUCUCAACAACCAUCAACUGCCACAUUCUAUGUUGCUCCACGUAAACCACCCACCUACACUGGUCUCAACGAGCUCAACACCAAUGAAGACACUACUUUGAACUUUAUUGUUGAAGGUGCUCCACCAAGAGGUCAAUCCAACUUUGAUCUUGUUCUCGGUGACAUUGAAGGACGUGGACAAUUGUCAUACUAUGUUUGUGAUGAACCAGAAUGUCUCCGUAUCGCCAAAAAGGGAGACACAUUCCAACACGAUACCAAGUAUCCAUUCAUCUACACUCCAUUGGCCAAUGACAAUGGAAAUGCCAUCUUUAACCUCUCCUUUACCCUCGUCUCUGAACAACAAGUAUCAUCAGACACUGUAAAGAUUGUCAUCAAUGUACUCCCAGUCAACGAUCCACCAACCAUUGUAUUGAAUGACUUUACCAUUGUCGGUGUCGAAGGUUCCAAAGCACCAUUGACCAAUGUCAUCUCAUUCCCAAUGAACCAAAGUAUCAUCAUGUCUUGGUCUGGUUAUGAUAUCGACUCGCCAAACAACACUCUUGUCUGCACUGUCGCUUCACUCAAGGUAGCUGCCGGUUCAUUCUACACUUACAAUGCAUCCAACUCUGAAAAUGGAUUUGUUGGAAGCAAGCUCGUAAGAGGUUCGUCACUCGGCACUUAUGAUGCCGUCACUAACCUAUGGCACGCUGUCUUUGUCCCAACCGAGGGUCGUUAUGGUAAUGGUUUUGCUGGAUUCUCUUUCAGUUUGGUCGAUGACCAAUUGUUGGCUUCACCACCAUCGACCGUCACCAUCAACGUUGAGUCGGUCAACCAAGCUCCAUCCAUCACACUCAAGCAAGCCUCCUUUACCGGAGUUGAACAAACCGAUAUUGUCAUCACCGGUGUCACUUUUAGAGACCCAGACUCCAACAUUAACAAUGUCUCUCUUGUCAUCUCGGUUGUCAACGCCAACCAAGAACUCGUCAAGGGAUCGUCCAUCUCAUUCUUUGGUAAUGUUGAAAAGGAAUACUGUGUCAAUGAAACCAACAAGAUCACCUGUGUUGAAGACCAAGACACUUUGAAUGCCUUGAUCAAGACCAUCACUGUCCACAACCCAACCACUGGAAACAUCUUCCUCAACGUCUUUGUUGAUGAUCUCGGUUACAAUGCACCAAUCGCCAAACGUAACGUCAGUCAUCUCACAGCCACUGAAAACGUUGCACUUCUCGUCUCAUCCAAGCCAACCAGCAAGACUACCAACACCACAGUCUUGUCUGCUGCUAUUGCCGGUGCCGUCGCAGGUGCUGCCAUUCUAGUUGCCGGUGCCUGGAAGUUCCUCAAGAAGUCCGUCCCACCAACCAGUGCCUUCUUUGGUGACUCUCCAUUCUCUGAUGGUGCCAUCUCAUCCAAUCCACUCUACCAAGAAUCUGGUAAUGCUGGUGUCAAUCCAUUCUAUGAAGCUAGUUCUGCUUAA